AUGCUGACCCAGCACGACUCAGUAAACUCGUCCACCAAACAACUGAGUCAACUCGCUCAGGACAUGUUCUCCGACGAAAACAACAACAACAACAUCAUCAUGCUUGCAGCCAUUAUUUCUCUCUUCCUAGUAAUCCUCUUCGUCCUCCUUCUCCAUGUCUACGCCAAAUGCUUCCUAGCUCAGUCCAACUCACAGUCAAAUCCUCACCGCCGGCAGCCUCUCUCCGACGUUCCAAUUCCUUCCAACUUUCACCACCGUUUCAACGUCGAAGCCCCACCCUUUACCGGACUCGACCCAACAACAGUUUCGAAGAUUCCCACGUUUGUGUCGGAACAUAAAACAGAGGAACUAGAAUGUGUGAUAUGUUUGAGUUAUAUUGAAAACGGAGAGAUUGGAAGAAAGUUACCAAAAUGUGGACACGCAUUUCAUGUUGAAUGCAUUGACAUGUGGUUGAAUUCACAUAGCAAUUGUCCAAUUUGUAGAUCUUUGAUUGUUCAUGAAGAUUCUCAUGAUAAUGGUGUUGAGAUUGUGAUUGAUAGUCCAAGAAGUUAUGAGAUUAGUGAAAGUGGUUCUGUUUCUGUAUCAGAAACUUCUUUGUCUUUGUUUGGUUUUUCUUUCAAGAGAAUUAUUAGCAAAGUUUUUCUUUCUUCUCAUGUAAAUGAAUUAGAUCAUGGUUCACAAUGA